AUGGAAACUAAGACUUUACCACUAUAUUCGACCAAACAACUGCAAGAACAUGCUACACGCGAGAAUUGUUGGGUUUCGCUACAAAAUCGAAAGCUUUAUGACGUGAGUAAGUUCUUGGACGAACAUCCUGGUGGGCCAGAACUGAUUCUGGAUUACGCUGGGAAGGACAUCACCGACAUCAUGAAAGAUGUGGCUACUCACGAACACUCGAGCACUGCAUACGAGGUUCUUGAUGACACCUAUCUAGUCGGGUAUUUGGCCACUCCGGAAGAAGAGAGCAAACUUCUAAACAGCACCGCAGGUAGCCACCGGAUGGAGGUUAAGCUGCAGGACGAAUACGACUCUACAGUGUUUGUUCCGAACGUUCCGGCUGCUGAAAAACUCAGCAUCGUGACUGAUUAUUCACGUGACUUCACUCGUCACAAGUUUUUGGACUUGAAUAAGCCUCUGUUGCUUCAGAUGCUGCGUGCUGAUUUUUCCAAGGAGUUCUACCUUGAUCAAAUCCACCGUCCGCGUCAUUAUGGCCGCGGGUCGGCACCUCUAUUUGGUAAUUUCCUCGAGCCACUCUCAAAGACCUCCUGGUAUGUGAUUCCUAUUGUAUGGUUCCCUGUCAUCUUAUACCAUAUUUAUACCGCAUUUCAGCACAUGAACAUACCGCUUGCAGUGUUCUUGUUCGGCGUCGGCUUGUUCGUAUGGACACUCAUCGAAUAUGGCCUCCAUCGAUUCUUGUUUCAUUUGGACGAAUAUUUGCCAAGAAAUCAGUUCGCUUACACGAUACACUUCUUGCUGCAUGGUGUUCACCAUUAUUUGCCUAUGGACCGCUAUAGAUUAGUGAUGCCACCAACGUUGUUUGUGGCAUUGUGCACACCCUUUUACAAACUGGUAUUCGCACUUUUACCAUAUUACUGGGCCUGUGCUGGAUUUGCAGGUGGUAUGUUUGGAUAUAUGUGCUACGAUUUAACUCACUAUUUCUUGCACCACGCUCAACUACCUAGUUAUUUGCAGAAACUCAAGAGAUACCACAUGGAACAUCAUUACAAGAACUACGAAUUGGGUUUUGGUGUGACGUCCUGGUAUUGGGACAAGGUUUUCGGCACUUACUUAGGCGACAACGCCCCAUUGUCGCAAAUGAAGUUUGAGUAA